AUGUCGUUCCAGAGUACCGUGAGCCUGUCCCUGGACAGUCCCACCCAUGUCAUUUGUGUGCUGGGCAUGGAACUCACCUUGGACAUCAGUGGGUGUGCACCCGAGAACUGCGAGUCCUUCACCAUCCGUGGCUCCCCCAGGAUUCUGAUCAACAUCUCCAGCUCAGUCAUUACUGGGAAGGGGGAGGCCGUGGUCUGGCGACCAAUGGCCCAGCCCACGGAGGCACUGGUGAGGAUGGUGUCACCCAGCCCCGCUGUGGACGAGGACAAGGUGCUGGUCUCCUACUACUGUCCCGACAAGGAGUCCCCCACAGCCACAGCUGUGCUGUACCUCACUGGCAUUGAGAUCUCCCUGGAGGCAGACAUCUACCGAGAUGGACAGCUGGACAUGCCAAGUGACAAGCAGGCUAAGAAAAGAUGGGUGUGGGGCCCGAAUGGCUGGGGAGCCAUCCUGCUGGUGAAUUGUAAUCCUGGGGACACAGGCGAGCCUGAUGACCAGUCCAGUGAUCAGGAGGUCUCCAAAGAAAUACAGAACCUGUCUCAGAUGACCCUGUCUGUGGAGGGUCCCGCCUCUGUCCUUAAGGACUAUUGGCUGGUCCUCCACACCUCCAAGGAAGAGGCAAGCAAGGCAAGAGUCUACCUGCGCCAGAAAGACACCUAUAAGCUGGUAGUAGGACCCAACAAGCCUGUCCAUGUCCUGGCUCCCUUUGAGAAUGGAGGGAAAGAGACCUUCUACAUAGAAGCCCUGGAGUUCCCAUCCACCAGCUUUACAGGCCUGAUUUCCUUCUCUGUGUCUUUAGUGGAAAUGUCUCAUGACCAGUUAAUCCCGGAGAUACCGCUAUACAAAGAUUCAGUAGUGUUCCGGGUGGCUCCUUACAUCUUCACUCCCAGCACCCAGAUACCGCUUGAGAUUUACCUGUGCAGGGAGAUGCAGCUACAGGGCUUUGUGGAUACAGUGGCCAGGAUGAGUGAGAAGAGCAGCGUGCAGGUGGCAUCUGUCUAUGAGGACCCCAGCCGCCAGGGCAAGUGGCUCCAGGAUGAGAUGGCUUUCUGCUAUACUCAGGCUCCCCACAAGACGGUGUCCUUGGUUCUUGACACCCCUCGGGUUUCCAAGCUGGAAGAUUUCCCCAUGAAAUACUCACUGAGCCCUGGUAUUGGCUACCUGAUGCACCAAACCGAGGACCAUGGAGUGGGCAGCUUGGAUUCCAUCGGGAACCUGAUGGUGUCCCCACCGGUCAAGGCUCAAGGCAAAGACUACCCGCUAGGCAGGGUCCUCAUUGGUGGCAGCUUUUACCCCAGCUCUGUGGGCCGGGACAUGAGCAAGACCCUGCGAGACUUCGUGUGUGCCCAGCAGGUACAGGCUCCUGUGGAGCUCUUCUCAGACUGGCUGAUGACAGGCCAUGUGGACGAGUUCAUGUGCUUUGUCCCGGUGAAGGAUAAAAAUGGUGACAGGAAGGGUUUCCGUCUCCUGCUGGCCAGCCCCAGUGCCUGCUAUGAGCUCUUUGAACAGAAGCAGAAGGAAGGCUUUGGGGAUGUGACCCUAUUUGAAGGAGUCAGAGCAGAGCAGCUCCUCUCUAAUGGGAGGGAGGCAAAAACCAUCUCCCAAAUCCUGGCCGAUGAGAACUUGCGAAAGCAGAACGAAUAUGUAGAGAAAUGCAUUGGCCUGAACCGCACCCUCCUAAAGAAGGAACUGGGCCUGGUGGAGAAGGACAUCAUUGCCAUCCCGCAGCUCUUCUGCCUGGAGCUGCUGACAAACGUCCCCUCCAACCAGCAGACCACAAAACACUACGCGAGGCCAUUCUUCCCUGACAUGCUGCAGAUGGUUGUAUUGGACAAGAAUCUAGGAAUCCCCAAGCCUUUUGGGCCCCUAAUCAAGGGCACCUGUUGCCUGGAACAGAGAGUCUGCGACUUACUGGAGCCCCUGGGUCUCAAGUGCACCUUCAUUGAAGACUUUGACUGUUACCUGACCAACAUGGGAGAUGCCUGUGCCUGUAUUAUUAUCCGCCGGGUGCCAUUUGCGUUCAAGUGGUGGAAGAUGAUCCCCUAA